CUUGUGUGCUGGUCGGGGUAUCCUGCUCCGAGAACCUCAACAGCUACAAGGGUUUACCUUCGGGAGUGCAGGCGAUGGGCAUGGCAAUGGCGUUCAGCGGCCUCGCUCUCUUCUUUGCCGCAGCCAUAUUCCCAGACGUGAGAGACACACACCAUCUUGACUUGUGCAGUGAACGGCUUCCACCCUCUUUGCCUGUGUACGUGUCUGCAGCGCUUCGGUGCCAAGAGCCUGUUGAAGCAGCACAAGCAGAUGCACAUAGAGCCGUCCCCGCCCUCCCUCCCGCCCCCUGUGUGUAAGUCCCCCCUGGCCCUUCCCACCGAGCCAGAGCCGCAGUCCGUCGCCGACGCGUGUCUGUCGAGUACGGAGGAGCAAUCGGGCGAGCGGUCCUCACUCAACAGCGUGUCAUCUCCGGGCAGUGAGGGUGGCAAUGCAAAGAGGCCUAAAGCGUCCCUGGAGAAGGGACUGAGUCUGAGUGACCACUGCUGACGGAUCUUCUGGAUCGACCGAUAAUGGGAGCAUCGUAUUGAUCGUAUUGCAC